GGGCUUACCCAGGAGGGGGGUGCGAGGGCGGGGAGAGGCUGCCCGUUAAAUACCGCUCCCCGCCGCACUCGGGGCUCACCCAGCUCGCCGCCACCGUCGCCAGACCGUGCCCGGGAGGAGGGGGCGUUCCCCACGCCAUGGCAUCAACCGAAGGUGCCAACAACAUGCCCAAGCAGGUGGAAGUGCGCAUGCACGACAGCCACCUCGGCUCUGAGGAGCCGAAGCACCGAAACCUGGGUCUGCGCAUGUGCGACAAGCUGGGGAAGAACCUCCUGCUCUCACUGACGGUGUUUGGUGUCAUCCUGGGGGCAGUAUGUGGCGGGUUGCUUCGCUUGGCGUCUCCCAUCCACCCUGAUGUGGUCAUGUUGAUAGCCUUCCCGGGGGACAUACUCAUGAGGAUGCUGAAGAUGCUCAUCCUCCCUCUCAUCAUCUCCAGUUUAAUCACAGGGUUGUCAGGCCUGGACGCUAAAGCCAGCGGCCGCCUAGGCACGAGAGCCAUGGUGUAUUACAUGUCCACGACCAUCAUUGCCGCUGUGCUGGGGGUCAUCCUGGUGUUGGCCAUCCACCCCGGCAAUCCCAAACUCAAGAAGCAGCUGGGGCCCGGGAAGAAAAACGACGAGGUGUCUAGCCUGGAUGCCUUCCUGGAUCUCAUUAGAAAUCUCUUCCCGGAGAACCUGGUGCAAGCCUGUUUCCAGCAGAUUCAGACAGUGACAAAGAAAGUCCUGGUGCCACCUCAGGCUGAGGAGGCCAAUACAACCAAGGCGGUCCUCUCCAUGCUGAAUGAGACCAUGAACGAGGCUCCUGAAGAAACCAAGAUCGUUAUAAAGAAGGGCCUGGAGUUCAAAGACGGGAUGAAUGUCUUAGGUCUGAUAGGGUUCUUCAUCGCUUUUGGUAUUGCCAUGGGGAAGAUGGGCGAGCAGGCCAAACUGAUGGUGGAGUUCUUCAACAUCCUGAAUGAGAUCGUAAUGAAGCUAGUGAUCAUGAUCAUGUGGUACUCCCCGCUGGGUAUCGCCUGCCUGAUCUGUGGGAAGAUCAUUGCCAUCAAGGACUUAGAAGUGGUUGCUAGGCAACUGGGGAUGUACAUGAUCACGGUGAUCGUGGGCCUCAUCAUCCAUGGGGGCAUCUUUCUCCCCUUGAUUUACUUUGUAGUGACCAGAAAAAACCCAUUCUCCUUUUUUGCUGGUAUUUUCCAAGCCUGGAUCACUGCCCUGGGAACAGCUUCCAGUGCUGGAACUUUGCCUGUCACCUUCCGUUGCUUGGAAGACAAUCUGGGGAUUGAUAAGCGUGUGACCAGGUUCGUCCUUCCGGUUGGAGCAACCAUUAACAUGGACGGUACAGCCCUUUACGAAGCUGUGGCCGCCAUCUUCAUAGCCCAAAUGAACGGUGUCAUCCUGGAUGGAGGGCAGAUUGUGACUGUAAGCCUCACAGCCACCCUGGCAAGCAUUGGUGCAGCCAGUAUUCCCAGUGCCGGGCUGGUUACCAUGCUCCUCAUCCUAACCGCGGUGGGCCUGCCAACGGAGGAUAUUAGUCUGCUGGUGGCGGUGGACUGGCUCCUGGACAGGAUGAGAACGUCCGUCAAUGUUGUGGGGGAUUCUUUUGGGGCCGGGAUUGUCUAUCACCUCUCCAAGUCUGAGCUGGAUACCAUUGACUCCCAACAUCGAAUGCAUGAAGACAUUGAAAUGACCAAGACGCAGUCCAUUUACGACGACACGAAGAACCAUAGGGAAAGCAGCUCUAACCAGUGUGUGUAUGCUGCACACAACUCUGUCAUUAUAGAUGAGUGCAAGUCUCUUCAUUAUGUGGAGUAUCAGUCGUGGGUUUAAGUUUGCACAUGACGUUGAGGACAGACAGACAGAAGGUAACUCUGGCGGCCAAUGGAAAGUCAGCUGACUGCAGUGUUGAGGAAGAACCUUGGAAACGUGAAAAAUAAUGACCUGACUCUCAGCCAAUUCUUGAAUAAACUCCCCAGCGUAUCUCAUGGUAAAAAGAUGCUCUAAACAGGCUUCCUUUACGAAAGGAAAAAUGCAUAUAUUUCUAUGUUUACUUAAUCUGUUAGCCGAGGCUUAGAGGAGCUAUUGUAUACCCGUGAUGACAGGCACCGUGCUGUGUCUUUGCCAAAUAAUGCUUCCUAACUGUCUAAUUCUCUUACUUGUGUUAUUGUCUGAAUGGAUGCUGCUGGAGAAGCCACUUUGAACAGAAGACACGUUCUUGCCAGCUUCCCUUUGUCCCAGUGCAGAGCUGUGGAUGCUGUUUUCCCAGGGGGACAGGACGAAAGCAGUGUGGUACACUCCAGGGACUUGAGACACCGAGCACGCUCAGUGUGGUAUUUCUUAAAGUGUUCAUGGCUCACCUUGUUCUGCACAAAAGAUUCUGCUAGAAGCUUCUAGAAGUUCCUCCCCUCCGACCUGUAGAGUUGGCACCUGCAUUGAUUGAGAGCUUCUGUCUGUCGUAGGGAACGCUGAUGACUUAAAGUUUUUGUGUUCUGUCUAAGUCAAAGACUUCAGUGGGUGCCCACACUUUCAGAAGAUAGGUGACCAGGGAGCCUAGAGCUGCUCUGCCUUCCCUAUUUGUGUGCGUGUGUGCAUGUGCGAGUGUGUGUGUGUGUGUGUGUGUGUGUG